GAAGUGCUAAAUGUUACCUAUUGGACACAUUGAUGACAGUUUGAUCUGUUUCAGGAAUAUAUUGGGCGGUUAAGUCUGGAACAAUAAUAUUCAUUUUAUUACGCGUAGGAAUUCAUUAAACAGAUUGUAAAAUGUGAUUUUAUCUUCCAGGAAACUUUUUACUCUGAGAAAGAAAAAAAAGUCACAUAUUAUUUAAAAUUGUAUGUGAGACUUAACGCGGAUGUAUUCUAUUUAUUAUUGGUGUUUAUUUAUUAAUGAUACAAAUCACUGUUUUUAAUUUAUUUCUUUUAGAAAUGUGUUCGAUGGAAGCGUACCGCGGCUAUAUUGAAUUUGUGAAAAAUAUUUUCUCAUAGUUAAAUAUUAACUAAAUCGUACGUUAUUUGAUAAAAGAUAAACUAAUUCUAUAUAGAAAAACCAUGUAACUAGCAGUCACUUAUUAUGUCGUCUGCUGCGUUUGACCUUGCAACCGGAAGUGCUGAACGAGUAUACCGGAAGCGGUGACAAAUUAUAUCUAAAAGGAUCUCAUUUUGAAUAAAUAUGUUGUUCUGAAUAGAUGCUGAUUGGUACUUAAUUGAAAAGCCUGGUCAUAAGAAGUGAAAAUGAGUUCGUGGCAACAAAUCUGAAGGAAGCUUAUAAAAAUAAUUGCUUUAUUGAUUGAGUUUCGUACUGAAAAGAUAGGUUGUGAUUUGAAAGAGUGCGCUGAAUCAUUUGAAAUUGAUAAAUUUGCUAUUGAAGCAUAUAUGCCUAGUUUGAAUGAUCACUUUUAAAUGAACAUUAGACUUGUACUAUUUAUAUCGGUAAUUUAUUUUCCUCGGAUAAAUGUAGAUUUAAUUCUUUUAUACUGUUUUUUAAACUUAACAAUGUAUCAUAUGUCAAAGAAACAAAAUUGUUCUUAAUUCGUUAAAACGGGAUUUAAUUCGAAAGGUGCAGAAUGUUGAAAUAACACUGCUAACUACAAUAUACGAUGUAUCCAAAGAGGCGAGAUUAAAGCGCGGUCGGCUUAAGUGCUCUUAAAUUGAAAACAUCUUGUGAAGCAAAGUAAUUACUGUGGAUAACAAAAUAGAUAUCAACUAGAAAAUUAGAUGUGAAGUAAGCAUAAUACCACAGGAUUACGUUUUAAAUAGCCUUUUAAAUAUUUUAAGAUUUAGCGAUGUAAUAAUAUAAUGUGACUUUCUUUGCGGAUUAUGCGAAUAAGUAAACAUGGAAUAUUACCGUAAUUUUAUGUACAUUUAUGUAAUCGGGUGUCAUUUGUUCAUCAAUACAUAUUCAAAGGACGAGACUAAAUUAAAAACACACGGGGAUAUUAUUUUUGGGGGAUUAUUUCCUAUGCACGAAAAGGGUAGAGAGCAAGGUGAAAACUGCGGCGACAUCAAACGAGAAAAGGGGAUACAACGACUCGAGGCCAUGUUGUUUGCCGUUGAUCGAAUCAACAAAGAUCCGACCUUACUUCCUGGGUUAAAAAUAGGAGUUCAUAUUUUAGACACGUGCAGCUUUGACACGUACGCGCUCGAGCAAUGCAUGGAUUUUAUUAAAGCUCAAAUGACAACCAUAGACCUAGCGGAUUAUAAGUGUAAAGACGGUCGGACGCCGGAAUAUGUGAGACUUAAACCGGUGACCGGAGUCAUAGGUGCUGCUGCAAGCACCGUGUCUAUCAUGGUGGCCAACAUACUCAGACUUUUUAAGAUUCCACAAAUCAGUUAUGCAUCGACCAGCUUAGAUCUAAGUGACAAGUCUAGAUUUGAAUAUUUCUCAAGAGUUGUCCCUCCUGACUCAUUUCAAGCUACAGCCAUGGUAGAAAUAGCAGCUAAAUUUGGAUGGAAUUACGUAAUUACUCUAGCAGAUGACGGGAAUUACGGCGAGAAAGGUGUCAGUGCUUUCGAAGAAAAAGCAAAAUCAUAUGGAAUAUGUGUCGCAAGAUCACUCAAAAUUUCACGUCUGGCAACCAACAUCGAAUUUGAUAAGAUAGUCAGCGACCUACUCUCAAUUCACAAAGCUCGCGCUGUAGUCAUGUUCGUCAACGAAGACAAUUGUCGAAAUCUGCUGGCAUCACUUAAACGAUUGAACAAAACGACCGAAUUGACAUUUCUAGCUAGUGACAGCUGGGGAGCCAAAAUACAUCCUGUUUAUGGUCAAGAAAUAUUGGCAGAAGGAACCGUUAGUUUACUUCCAAAAAGAAUGGUAAUAAAAGAAUUUGAUGACUAUUUUCUGAAGCUUGAUCUAACGCAUGCGCAAAAGAACCCAUGGUUUCUUGAGUACUGGGAAUCUAUAUUUGAAUGCAGCAUAAAACAAAAAGUAAACACCACCAUUUGUACUGGUCAUGAGGAUAUUGUAGCUUUCAAUCGGGAACACUAUGAACAAGAAGGCUACGUGCAAUUUGUGAUAGAUUCUGUGUAUGCUUUAGCGCAUGCGUUACAUGCUCUUCUAGAAACUCGUUGUCCCGGAAGGUUUCAUGAAUGUAUCAUCAGAACCUUUCUUAACGGCGAAGAUGUGCUAAGUAAAAUACGAAAUGUAUCUUUUAUAGGUAUUGGUGGUGAUAUUGUUCAGUUUGACAAAAAAGGCGACGGUCUAGGAAAUUAUGAUAUUUUCCAAUACCAACAGAUCGAUGAUGGAUCUUAUGACUAUGUUACAAUUGGAGAAUGGACAGACAGAUUGAUAAUAUUCAACGACACAAUGAAAUUUCGGAGCGGAUCAGACAAGCCACCGAGAUCAGUGUGUAGCGAAGAGUGUCCUUUUGGUCAUAUCAAGAACAAUACUGUCGAGAGUGAUACAUGUUGCUGGGUCUGUAUCCGCUGCAGGGAACAUCAAAUGUUAAAAGACGAAUACACCUGCCAGGAUUGUCCGGAUGGAUACACCCCGAAUAAAAACCUAACUUUGUGCAUUCCACUUCCUGUCAUGCAUCUGACAUGGGAUUCGCUUUGGGUUCUUCUUCCAGUGUCAGUUUCAACUCUUGGAAUAUUUGCCUCCGGAUAUGUGUUUUAUGUUUUUAUCAAAUAUAAUAAUACGCCGCUUAUAAUGGCGUCUGGGAGGGAGCUCUGCUUUGUUCUUCUCUGUGGAAUACUUUUAUCAUAUGGAACAACAUUUAUUCUCCUUGCUAAGCCGACAAUCAUAAUUUGUACAAUAAAAAGGUUUAUUCUAGGCAUAUCUUUAUGCUUGAUUUAUGCAUCAGUGCUUAUAAAAACAAAUCGUAUUUAUCGGAUCUUCAACAGGGGAGUUAAAGCAAUGGUUAAGAGACCAAGUUACACAAGUCCGAAAUCUCAAAUAUUUAUUUGUCUGUGUUUAGUUUCUGUACAAAUCGUUGGAGGACUCACUUGGAUCGGAUUUGAGAAACCUCAAACAAUGUAUGAAAAACAUUACACAGACUUUCUUGUAUUGACUUGCAAAGCUAGUCAAAUAGCCAUUCUUCUUUCUCUUGUUUACAAUAUGAUGCUCAUAAUUCUUUGUACUGUGUUUGGAUUUAUGACUAGAAAAAUUCCACAGAACUUCAACGAGGCAAAAUAUAUUGCCUUUACUAUGUACAGUACAUGCAUAGUUUGGUUGGCAUUCAUUCCAAUUUACUUUGGUGCAAAUCAUGAUUUUAAGAUUGAGAUUACGUCACUUUGCAUGUGUGUGAGCAUAAGUGCCACCGUGGCUCUCGUGUGCUUAUUUGGACCUAAAGUGUAUAUUGUCAUAUUUCAACCGCAUAAAAAUGUACGUCAAGGGGCUGUCCCAUCAUUACAAUCAGCUAGUAGAAGUUUUCCCAAACCUUACAUUCCAAAUGUUAACAAUCAAACCGCUAUAUGUUCCAAACCCACAUACGCUUCUUACGAGAGUAACAAUGGACAUGUGACGGGUGUUACAAAAGUUGUGAAUUGUGUACAUACAACAAGUACAAUAGAGCAAACGAAUGACAUAUUUUCAGACAGUAUGGAGGAGGAUGAAGACGAAUUUUGUGAUGAAAGUUCUUUUAUUCCAAAACCAACUGAAGAUAAAGCAACGUCAACAUCCGAACAAUGAUUUUCAGUAAUUUAUUUUGUUCUUGUUUUUUUUUAAUUACAAUCAUUAAAUAUCUCUUUUCGCUUCUAAAUUCAUGCGUUUUCAUACCCUCUAGAUUUCUUUUUAAUGUUUAUUUAUUUACUUAUAUAUUUUUGCACUAACUUUUUAUAGUCAUUUUGUUGUUUCAUAUAUCGCAACAAAAUGAACAUGCAAUAUAAAGUUGAAUGUGUUAAGGUUACAAAUGUGGAAAAAUAAGUAAAUGUAAUAACAAGGACGAAAUAACAAUACAAUCACACAACAUUUUCAUACUUAAAAUGGCAAGCAAAUAUCUUCGUUUAAUGUAUCAUCAUAAUGCUAACUAUGUUAUCUCUGUUGUUUGAACGCAAGUAUAUUUACAUUCCAAGCCCCUUGCCAUAGUUUAAUUUUUUCUAUUGCGUCAAGGUUUCAACAUCUGAUCGUUUAAUUUUCGCAGCGUUAUUGUAUUAUUUUAUAUACUCAUAAAAAGUCGUUAUUUCUGAUUUUGGCAAGAUUAUUAAUAUAUAUGUAUUAAACGAAACAUCAAAUAAAGUUUUUAUAAAUGUUUCUUUAAACUUAAGAUAGUUUUAGGUCUAACUUCAUGCUAUGGAUAAUUUUACAUGCAAUAAAUAAAUUGUUAACUAUAGCGGGCAAAUCGUUAUCAUGGUAUUGUAAGAUUAAACUGUAUAAUAUCAACAUUUUAAAAAGAAAGUUUUGCACCAGUUCAGUCUUAUCUAAAAUUCAUUUGUAUUCAAUUCAUUAGAAAUUAUUAUCUAUUUUGAAAAAAAGCAAUAUUAUAAUAUUAUGAUUUUGUCAUACAUGCUUAAUAAGAACUUAUUCAAAUAUAAUUUUUAUGUUGUCUCUUACGUGAGAAUUUGUUACAAUUACUAAGACCUACUUUCCAUAAACAUUUUAUGAUGCUAGAGCAUUUGUCAUUCAAGAGUAUUAUAAGGCCGUACUUAUGUCUGUACUAAAAAGAAACAUUUAUCAACUUAUUGAAUACGUCAACAUCAAAUACUGUUUUAAGCCUUUUUUCCCUUUUGUAUCUGUUUUUUGAUACAUCAUAACAUCACUCUUUUAUGUCAGAAAAUAGUUUACAUAUAAAAUGGUUGUUAACAAAUUGUGAAUAAAAAGUGUA